AUGGCGUGUCCCCGCGCCGACGCCGAUGCGGCGGCGGGCGUCGACGUCCCCCCGGGCUUUAAGCCACGCAUCUUCGACGUGCUCACGGGCGCACCCGGCCUCGAGCCCCUCUUCGAGGUGCCCGACAUGCCGCUCUACAUGGCGGCGGCCGCGCCGGGUACGGCCGCGCGCGACGACUCCAAGGCGGCGCUGCGGUUCUGGUGGUCGCCGGCCACGGGCAGCGUCCAGGUGCACCCGCUCGCGCCCCUCGAGGAGGUCUACGCGCGGCAGCACACGGCCUCCAUCGGGAGCCUGUGGCCGAAGCACCACGCGGCCUUCGCGGACUUCAUCACGCGUCGGCGGCCGCGCCACGUGCUCGAGGUCGGCGGCGGGCCCGGCGACCUCGCGAAGCAGCUCGCGGGGCGCGCCGUCGAGCGGUGGACGCUCGUGGACCCGCGCGCGACGUGCCCCGAGCUCGAGGGGCUGGACAUCGUCCGGGCCUUCUUCGACGACGUCGACGAGGGCGCCCUCGAGCCCGUGGACGCCGUCGUGCACUCGCACCUCUUCGAGCACCUCUACGACCCGCGCGCGUUCCUCGGGCGCGUCGCGCGGCUCCUCAAGCCCGGCGGCCGCAUGCUCUUUAGCGCGCGUGGCCGCGCCCCGGACGCGCGGCGCGCGCCGAGCGGCCGCGCGCAUCAGGUGCCCAACAUGACGGGCGCACUCAAGACGUCCACGCAGCCCUCGCUGCACUGGGAGCACACCUGGCUGGUCCACGAGGCCUACGUGCGCUGGCUCCUCGCGGACUUUGGGUUCGAGGUGCGCGACACGCUCGCGUUCGGCGGCGCGCACUCGGUCUUCUACGACGCCGAGUACGUGGGUCCCCUCCCCAGGGGCGCGGGCCCGCCGCCGUGCCUCGGCACGCAGCUCGCGGACCUGGUGCUCGCGUGGAAGGCCGGCCUCGACGCGGACGCGGCCCGCUUCCAAAGGGCCGCGAAGGCCCACGGCGGCGACGCAUUCGUCUUCGCCGCGCACGUGGGCUCGCAGUACCUCCUCCGGACGGGGCUCGACGAGGGCCUCCUGCGGGGCGUGCUGGACAACAACCCUGCGCGCGCAGGCCGGCGGCUCGCGGGCUUCCGCCUGAGCACGGCGCGGCCGGCCGACGUCCUGACGAACGCGACGCGGCCACUGGUACUCCUGCGCCAGGGCGUCUACGAUGACGAGAUCGAGGCCGACCUGAGGCGGGCGCGCGACGACGUCGAGGUCCUCCGCGGCGAACCGCCGGCGCCCGUCGCCGGUUCGAGGGUCGUGCGCGCCGCGGGGGACGACCGCGGGCGCUACGCGGCCCUGGGCGCCCUCGCGCGCGCCUGCGGGUCGUUGGACGCCUUGGCGACGACACCAGGAGACGCCAUCGGCCUGUCGCGAAACGGUGCCACGGUCAUCAAGCGCGUUUCGGUGCUGGCGGUGAGACCUGGGGUCUACGCCGCGCCGUUCGAGCAGAGCUUCGGGGUGACGCGGGACGGCUUUCCCGUGGACGAGGAGCACGCGCCCAAGUUCGGGGUGUUCGACAAAAGCUGGGCCUGGGUCGGCGGCGCUGGGCGCGGGCCCGUCGGCUUCCUGCUGCACGAGGCCGCGGGGCACCGCACGUUGCUGAACGAGGAUGCGCUGACGGCAGUGUUUGAGCGGCGCGGCUUCGAGGUCGUUGACGUCGCGCCUCUCAGCCUCGCGGCCCGCGUCGAGCUCUUUCGCGGCGCGGCCGCGGUCGCCACGCCCAUUGGCGCGGCGGCCUUCAACGCGCUCUUCCUUGCGCCGGGUACGCGCUUCUACCUCGUGGACGACCACCGACUGCCCGUUCGGCACUACUCGCCCUGGUGGCGGGCGUUCCUCCCCGGUUGGAGCGUGGACGUCCGCGUCCUCGCGUGCGCCGGCUCGCGCGCGUGGCCGGCCGGAGCGCCGCACGCCCGCUCGGGCUGGCCCACGCGCGUCGGCGUGGAGUACCCGCCCAUCCACCUGCCCUGGAUGCUUCCGCCGGACGUCGAGGCCUGCAUCGGCGGCCUAUUCGCCCCGGAGGACCCUGUGAGCUAA